AUGAAGUCCUUCAUCGCUUCUCUCGCCCUGCCUCUAUUGGCCGCGGCAGCUCCUGCCUCACAAGUCACCUCCGACGCCAACCCGCCGUUUACUGUCACGGCAGUCCGCUCCGCCUCGCCCAUCCAGAACCUGCAACUGAACGCCGCCGGACAAAAGUUCUGGCUCGGCGGCUCAACCUCAUCGUACUGCCCGACCGAAGUCGUGCCGAAGUGCCCACCAGGCAACCAGACCGUCCUGGCACCAGGCGGUAACGCUCUGGACGUCGAAGUCCCCGGCGGCCAAGAAGUCUAUGUCGACUCCACCGGCGCCCUGAGCUUCACCCAAGCCCACUCCGCCAACGUCCCCCCUGGCUCCGUCGUCGGCGCUCUCGCCUACGAGACUGGCAACUCCUUGUCGCACUAUACCUUCAACGCCUGGGGCGCAAGCGGAUUCAUGGCCUGUCCGACCGCCGACAAGCGCUGGCAGGUCUUUGUCGCCGCGACCAAUGCGACCGUGCCCUCCGGUAACGUCAAUGAUUGUCUGGGUUUCUCGGCCGUUGCGAUGCCGUACAAGGGUGAUGUUCCUGCUUGGCAGUAUGCUUAA